AAAGAUAGAAACAUCAUCGUCAUUAACUCCGGGAUGGACCUCUGGCCAGAGAGCCAGAGACGAACAAAGGUCGAGAUUAAAAAGAAAAAAAAAAGAGAAGCGUACUGGAGUAUGUGAAACCAUCCGGCUUUUGUUGGGAUAAAUUGUAAAUAAACAGUUUAAACAUUUUUUGGGGGGAAACCUCUCUUAGACUUCACGAGUUUAUAGGAUUUGUAUUUGUCCGAGUAAAAAGAAAAUAGCGUUUUAACUUACAACACAGAAAAUAUCCAGUUUCUUUUUUUUCCUUCUAAUUGAUUUAACUUCACAAAGGGUUUCCAUAUGUUGUGCAUUGUAACACUCCAAUAAUAAUGGACAGCAGUGUAAUUUUAUCUGAGGAAAUCGGUCCAGAAUUCUAUUACAAAAGCAGGACAAGAGUGUGUACAGUGCACCUUAAGAAAACCCUGUGUUGGACGUGAUUGGCAAAGACAUUAUUCUAUCCUUGGUACCCUGCCGUUCCGGGAUUACAGUGACGUCACGCUGAUACCCUUGCAUGGAUGAAUGCUAAAGAACUAUACAGCCACAAAUAAUAGCACAAGCAGAGUCCAUAUCUUGGAAGACUUACGUUAUCCUUUAAGCCUCCUUCGGCUAACACAACAACAUUUUUUUUUUGUUUUGCAUUUAAUGACGCUUAAUUUCAUUUCUUAUCGGGUCCUUUGGGGGGAUUAUUCAUUCAUAUAAAACAAUCUGCAGCUGGUGCCAGCCUAAAGUCUCCCUCCUAUGAGUGAAGUCAUCUAUUAUUGAGCGAAAGGCCGUGCGUGGAAAUGUGUGUAAGACCGUGGAUUUGAAGUAGAAUUGGUUGCAAUCGAUCAAGGGUGAAGAAUAUUCCUGAUGGUAACAAAAGAAGCAGCUAUGUCUUUCUCGCAAUUUGGAUACCCUUACAAUGCAACUUCACAGUUUUUCGUGUCGGCAAACCCCAGUACGACUUGCUGCGAUUCGAUUUCCAGGUCGGUCUCUGACGGGACAGGCAGCUCCCAAACCGCCGCUGCCGCCGCCGCCGCCUCCUUCUGCUGCCCGUCCUACGAGAACCGGCUCCUGGCGAGCAGCCGGACGGAGCUGAACGCAGCGCUGGGGAUGUACAGCUCUCCAUACGCCGCAGCGGCCGCAGCCAGCCAGAACUACGCCAACUACUUCCCCUACAGCACCGAUCCAUCCGCUAUCUACUCCACUCUGAAUCCACAGUAUGACAUUAAGGACAGCACAGGCACUUUACACUCUGGCAUCACUCAAACCGCUGCAUACUACCCUUAUGAUCACUCACUGGGACAGUAUCAAUACGACAGAUAUGGGACAGUCGACUUCAACGGCACAGCCCGACGAAAGAAUGCCACGCGGGAAACCACCAGCACCCUGAAAACAUGGUUGUAUGAGCACCGCAAGAACCCCUACCCCACCAAGGGAGAGAAGAUCAUGCUGGCCAUCAUCACCAAAAUGACCCUCACCCAGGUGUCCACAUGGUUCGCCAACGCCAGGAGGAGGCUAAAGAAGGAGAACAAGAUGACCUGGUCCCCGAAGAACAAGGCCAACGAUGACAGGAAGGACGACCUUAACAAGAGAGACCAAGACUGUGUCACCAAAGAUUCUAGUGACUGCAAGGAGGAGAAGGAUCUGCAUUUGAGUGAUCUUGAGGAUAUGGACGAGGACGACUGUGACAAGCUCGACAGUGACUGUGAAAAGGUGGCCGCAGACGAGCAGGACCUCCAGAGGACCAUGGCAGUAUCGGGGGUGCUUCAAAAGAGGGACUGCAGCUCUGAGCUGAGCCUCAGUUUAACCAACAGCUUUCACCCAUUCCCCUGUGCCAUCAAAAGUGUCACCAACCUCCCCCCUCUCCCGUCUGACUUUCUGGAUCCUAUCGUGUCGAAGGCUCCGUCCUCGACCGGCCUGGUGGCGGGAACCGUGUCCCUGUCUCACUUCGAAGCGUCCGAUAAGCCGCGGAUUUGGUCCCUGGCUCGUACGGCGGCUUCGGGCGUCAUACUGGGCCCUCAGCAGCACAACUCUGAGCUGAGGACAGGCAACUCAACCGGGGACUGCCAGCUACAGAGCACCAGACUAACCGGGGCUCCUCCCGGACAGUGUGGGGUCAUGAGAGGCAUACACGAAUCAAGCAGCGUCACCAAUCCCGAGAGCCCCUUCCCCGAGGGCUCAUCCUUGCACUCAAAAGUCUAUAGCACUGGCAACUAUGGUCACAAAGGUCUCCAACUCCACUGUUCACCCUAUGCUGCACUCCCAGACACAUGUCAGUACUCCAGCAUUGAAGGAUUCUCUGGCGGCAAAGCAGAGACACAGUCGUCUGACCUGGGUGAAGCCUGUGGGAGCGUGCAGGAUGACAAGGUCACUGCAUUCAGACCGGUGAUGAAGAGGUGAAGCAGAUCACCAGAAAGUGUACCCCAAUAAGAAAAGGGACAUUUAUUAUGCACUAAAGGAUACACUGGCCGAGCAGCAGCCUCAAUAUGACACAUGGGAGCUACCUGGCGCUGCUGCAGUGAGAGCUGUCAAACUGUGGACGUGGCUAUCAUUUUGCACAACAUUGUUUUUAUGGUGUUAAAGACUUUAUGCAAAAAAAUCUAGAUGCAAAUGUAUGAGAAUGGCCAGAUUUAAAAAAAAAAAAAAAAAAAGGAAAGAAAAAAAAGAAACACGGCCAAAUCUGUGUAUGGCAAUCUUGUAGUGUAGCAAAUUUAUUUAUUUCUCUGUGUAUUUAUUAUUUGGGUUUUGUCGUCUGUUUGCUUCUUGUUUAAGGUGUUUAUUGGUUUUGGAUUUGUGUAUCCUUUAAGUGUUUUGUUACGUUGUUUGGUUUUUACUGUGGGUUCGUGUCAUUUCGCCUGGUGUAAAAGAGAAAAGCUUGUCGGACGUUUAACAGAUAAAGGACUGGAUCCGCUGUGGAGAAUUGUUUUUUAUUUAACUGUUAUUUUUUCCCCCAUUGUGUUAAAAUGUGAGCUUCUCCUGUGUUUGCCAUUCAUGCCAUUUUUUUCUAACAAUACAUUUUUUGUUUUCCAAGA